AUGGAAGAUCAACCCCCACUUGUGCAAGUUUCCGAGGACACAAGUGCUCACUAUGCAAACAACUAUGAGUGGAAAGAUAAGAAAGAUGCAAAGUUGUGGGCUCGAUCACAAGGGUUGAAAAAGAUGUGCAUCAUAGUCCAGAAUAAACAAGUUACAGACAACAAUGUUCAAAUGGUUUGCGAGUGUAGUGGAAAGUAUGAGAGCCACUGGAAAAAGGGUAGUGGGUAUAAACCAAAAACCGCGAGGAGGGAGGGAGUAUAUAAUACGAAGAAGACUGGAUGCCCUUUUAAGCUUAAAUUUAAAUUUAACGACGACAACAAAAUGUGGUAUAUGGAAAAAGUCGUCUCGGGUUAUCAUAAUCAUCCUAUUCCGGAAAGUUUGAUCAACCAUCCUUAUUCGGCAAGGCUCAACCCUUUAGAAAAGGAUUUAGUACGCGUGUUGAGUAAAAGACGCACAAGACCAAUUGGUAUUCUUAGUGUGGUCAAGGUUUUAAAUCCACGAAACUCAUCCUCAUUUGCAACUAUCUAUAACGAAAGAGAAAAAUUUAAAACAGAGUCAUGGGAAGAGAGAGUGCUUAUGCAACAAUUAUUGUUUUUGUUUGAGGAGGCAAAGUACUCUACCGCGUAUGACAGGAAUAAAGAAAGCGAAGUGGAAUAUCUUUUCUUCGCGAAUCCGGAAUGUGUACAAUUGGCAAGAUGCUUUCAUCAAAUUUCUUUAUGGAUUGCACGUAUAAAACGAACAAGCACAAAAUACCGAUAUUGA